AUGGAGUUGGCGAUGACCCGGGCGAUAGGGGAGGCUUAUACUACCAAGGCUACGCGUUUUCGCGAGGAGGGACGGCAGCAUCUGGAGGUGAAUGACGAGCUUCAACUGAAGGCUGACGACCAGGAAAAGCAGAACGUGGAGCUUUGUCAGCAGCUUGAGAAGAGGGACGCGGAUCUGAAGGAUGCAUUGGCGCUGUUGAAGCAUCUGGCGGAGAAAAUUGCCGAUGAUCAGCUCGCCAAAGUGAGGUUCAAGUUCCGCCAUCCCGGCGCCACGAAGGCUCAGUUGGAUCGGUCGGGGGAUCCUGGUGCUCUUGCCAGGCAGGCGCGGGUUGUACAGCGCUGGAUCAACAGCAGUGACGUCACUCGCACGGACGACUGCCUUGGGAUCGGCAAGGUCUGCAUUGUUGGUUGGAAGGAGAUUCCAGAGGAGGAGCUGGUUGCAGACGAGCAUGGUGACCUUGGUCUGGAUGAGCUAGUGAGCGAGCCAGGCUCGCAGGAGCGGGUUUAUGAUGAGAAUGAAGAGCAGGAGGAGCUUUACGGGUGA